AUGGACAGCGACGGGGAUAACGAUGAUUACUUGAACGUCUCAGCCGAGCCCGAUCCAUUCGAUGCUGCUGACGAUGAAGCCCUCUACGGCUUCAAUAAGCCCUUUGCCAUGCCUGCCUCGACAGGCAAGACGGUCGUGUCCAACCCUGCGUACGCAUCCAGCAUCAACCCGCUCUUUGAUGGUGGGGAUGCUGACGAAGAGGGCGCCUAUGCAGACCUUGAUGCCCCUUCCGGCUUUGGCGGUGCCGCCACGACCGCCUUUGGCACCAACAGCGACAACGGCACGUACUUCGACCCCACCCACAACUUUGCCGGGCCCGCCACGCAAAGCGCCGAGUACAUGUUUCCUGAUGCCAGCCCUGACGCCGGUAGCAGCAAGGCCGGCGCCUCGAACAAAGUUGCUCCCUUCCAGAUCGAUGAUGGCAUGGACAAAUCCCCCGGCACGAAUGCCUCCCGCAACGACAAGGGUCGCGGUCGCCUCUACAUAAUCAUUGCCAUCCUGCUCGCCAUUAUUCUUGCCCUCAUUGUUGUCAUUGUCCUCGCCGGUGGUGGUUCCUCCGGUAACGCUACCAACGGUACCGCCAGCUCGGCCGGCUCCGAAGGCAGUCAAGCCAGCUCGCAAAACACGAAACCACCCACCACCAUACCCCCGCCGACCACCACCCCUGCUCCCACCACCACAGGAGACACCGUCCCCUGUGGUACCGGUUUUUGCACGCACGGCAUUUGUCACGAAGCCAAGGGCGUCUGCUGGUGUCUCGACGGUUAUUUUGGCGACGCAUGUGACCAGGAAUGCCCCGGCCUUUGCACAGACAACUCGCGGGGCCUCUGUGGCACUCAAGGCUCGUGCCUCUGCUUCCCGGGCUUUGCUGGCGAUGCUUGCCAAAACACCACCGACUCGGUCUGGAUGCGCUUCCGCGACUCCCUGGGUCCCCUUGAAGACUUUGACUUUGACCAGUUUCUCGCCAACAUCGACCUCCUCUUCCCGGAUGACAGCUUCGCCGUCGAGGGGUGCUCCCACAAUGAUGGCCUUGUCUGCGAAAUUAGUGUCUCCACUUCCCAGGACGCCGGCGCCGUCGUCACCCAGAUUUUGAACAUGGCCGAAGCUAAUAACAUUGACCUUUUCAACCUCGGCGUUGAAGCCGUCACCGACUCCCAAGGUGGCAACUGGUCUUCAGAGCUCUCAGCCCAGUGCCUCAACGACUGCUCGGGCCAUGGUCGCUGCCUGGAAACCACUCAAUGCGAGUGCUACUCUGGCUGGGACGGCGAGGAUUGCUCCCGUGAAGUUGUGUUCAAGAGCUGCGAGAACGAUUGCUCUGGCAACGGCUACUGCUUUGAUGGUACCUGCGAGUGUGACGAGGGCUGGUCCGGCAGUGCCUGCGACGCUCUGCUCGUGCCUUGCACCGAUGAUUGCAACGGUCGCGGCACCUGUGAUCAAACCACCGGUAUCUGCAACUGUACACAGGGCUACAUUGGAGACGCUUGCGAGGAACGCAUCUGCUUAGCUGGCUGCGGCGAUCACGGCGUCUGCCGUAGUGGCGUCUGUGACUGCGACGACGGCUUUACCGGUGAGACCUGCUCGGAGAUCAGCUGCACGCUGGACUGUGGUGACCACGGCUACUGCUCCAAUAAUACCUGCGUCUGCAGCACGGGCUGGAACGGCGAAUACUGUGAUGUGCAAGGUUGUCGCAAGGACUGCUCUGGCAACGGCGCCUGUGUACAAAACUCAGAGACAGCCAUCUGGAGCUGCCAGUGCCAAAGUGGCUGGCAAGGUGAUGCUUGCCAGGCCGGUAUCGAACUCAACUGUAACGAUGGCAUUGAUAAUGACAACGAUCGCGUCACCGAUUGCAACGAUGCUGACUGCUGCUCCAGCCCGGCCUGCCAGGACCACCCUUCCUGUCAAACGGUCCCUGAUGCCGACGACGUAGUCACCAAGGUCAACCUCACCGCGCCCAUCGAUGAAGUCGAUCCCAUCGAGGAGGAGUCCUUCCUCGAGCAGUGGUGGCCUCUCGUUGACGGUGACUCGGCCACCCAGAUGGAGGUUGACACGAGCCAGCUGGAUGAGGCUCGCGUGGCCCUUGUGACUGGCACCGUUCUUGAUACCAACCUCAUUCCUGUCACGGGCGUCAAGGUGCAGAUCUUGGGCCACCCGGAGUUUGGCUACACCAUGACCACCGCCACCGGCGCCUUCAACAUGGUUGUCAACGGCGGUGGCUACCUCAGCAUUCGCUUUGCGCGUGACGACUUUAUGGAGUCCCAGCGCACGCCCUACAUCCCAGAGAACGAACGCACCAUCAUCCCGGCUGUGGUCAUGCAGCCCGUCUCCAACAUCAAGACCGAGGUCGAGCUCGGCACGGGAAGCAGCGAGGACAGCGUCGUUGCCUCUGGUGAUGCGGUGGAAGACGAAUCGGGCUCUCGUACCGCCCGCAUGCUCUUCUUCGGCAACAACACGGCCACCGUGCAGAACAUGACGGACGGCACCAACUCCACGCUCCCCUCUAUGAACCUGCGCAUCACCGAGUUUACCGUGGGCUCGGCUGGCCCCGAAGCCAUGCCCUCCGAGCUGCCCGCCAACUCGGGUUACACUUACGCCGUGGAAAUUAGCUUGGACGAGGCCACCGUCAACAGCGACACCAACGUCCAGUUUGGUUCUCCCGUCCCCUUUUACACGGAAAACUUUUUGGGCUUCCCGGUGGGUUCGGUGGUGCCCGUGGGCUCCUACAACCGCCAAGCCCAGGCCUGGAUGCCGGAAUCUGACGGUCGCGUCAUUGAGAUUGUCCGCAUUGAGAAGGUCAACGGCGUGGACACGGCCGUCCUGAAUUUGCGCCCCAACGCCGCAGACUUUGGUGACAUUGCCUCCGAGCCCAUUCUCUCUGCUGACAUUGAGGCCGGCUGUGAUGACGAGGCCUUCCAGCAGGUCAACGCGCACCGCAACCCCACCGCUGUGGACGAACUGUCCGACGAGGAACUCGAGAGCCACUUUCAGAUCUCUCUUGCCGAGAAGCAACGCCUGGCCGAGCUCUACGGUGCUGGCGCUCAAAUCUGGCGUGUCCUGGUCCCCCACGCCACGCCUUGGGAUUGCAACUGGCCUUACGGGCCCCCGCUGGAUGGCUGCUCCCCGGCCCAGUGCCCCAACCCUCCGGAUGAUCCCGAGGACAACGAUGACAAUCCCGAAGACCCGGAUUGCGCCAAGGCCGGCUCCAUCAUCCACCCCAGCACUCAGACCUUGAGCGAGGCCAUCAACAUUGCUGGCUCGAACAUGAACCUCGUCUACUCGAGCAACCGCAUGCCCGGCUAUCACGUGGCCAUCGACGUGCCUGCGACUUCGGCCAACCCCCCGGACUCCCUGCUUGGCGUCAUUGUCACGCUCAAAAUUGCCGGUCGCGAAUUUUCCCGCACCUUUGACUCGGGCAAGCCCAACCUCAAGGCGCGCUUCGUCUGGGACCGCCGUGACAACCGCGGCGCGCUCGUGCUCGGUCAGAUCGAUUAUACCGUGACACGCCAGUACACCUACCCACUCACCUACUACCCCUCUCGCAGUAACUUUGCCGCGGCCUUUGGCCGCUUCUCGGGCAGUGUUACCGUGCCCAGCGGCCGCACCUCAGGUACGGCCAACCAAAUGGCCAACCGCACCAUUGCCGUCUCCAACGAGUAUCAGGGCACGCUGCAGGGCCGUCGCGACAUCCGUCGCCUCAAGAUGGGCGGCUGGUCUCUCGAUGUGCACCACCGCUACAACCCCAGCACCAGCAUGCUGCACCGCGGUGACGGCACUCGCACGCAGUUUUAUGCCAGCAAGGGCGUGACCACGACCAUUCUCGGUGGCAAUAACCGCCGCAGCACCAGCUGCACCGAGUGUGGUCUCGAGGGCAACACCUCCUCCCUCUACAGCCCGACGUCCGUGGCCCACCACCCCUCAGGCUCGCUCUUCAUCGGCGACUACAAUGUCAUCUAUCGCCGCGAAACCAACGGCACCGUCACCAUUGCCUACACGUUCCCCCCUGGUAGCGAGCCCACGUCCACCUACUACUUGGCCGUGCACCCGACCUGGGGUGACCUCCUCGUGUCCAUUCCUAGCCGUCGUCAGGUGUUCCGCCUGACCUCGGCCGGCGCGCUCGAGCCCAUCAUCGGCACGGGUGAGGCAUGCGACCCCUCGGACCUUGUUCAGCAGGCACGGGCAUGCGGCGACGGUGGCCUCGCCGUCAACGCUGCUCUCAUGAUGCCCCGGGGCCUCACGGUGCUCAAGGACGGUGACAUCUACCUUGCCGACGGCACGCGCAUCGUGCACGUGACCCCCGACGGUGUCAUUGGUACCCACGUCGGUGCUACCGAGUUUAUGCAGGGCAUGCUCCCGGCCUACGUUCCGGACGUGCCACUGACCGACGCCAUUCUGGUGCAACCCACCUACCUGGCCUACAGCGCUGUGGAGGAGUCGCUCUACAUCUUGGACGGCGCCUCCGCCUUGAUCUACCGGAUCACUUCGGCCAACCUCAUGCAGGUGGUGGCCGGGUACCCGCCCAACUCGCAACAACGUGCCGAGCCGUACCAGGACGACAAGAUUGGCAUUACCGAGACCGUGGCCGCCCUCACUCCGUUGCAGGAUCCGCGCGGCCUGGCCAUCUCUGCCACUGGCACGGUUGUCUUUGUCGAAGCCAGCAUGUACCGCGUGCGCGAGGUCACGGCCGAGGGCAUGAUCCGCACCCUGGCCGGCUCCACCUCGCUCUGCAGCAGUUCCAGCAGCUCCAGCUGCCCAGGCAUUGGCGGCACGCAGGCCCCCGAUGCGGCCCUUUUCAAGGCACCCGCAGAUGUCUCCAUCCACCGUGGCCUCGUCUACGUGGCCGAUGAGGGUAACCGUGCCAUCCGCUCCCUCGGCGUGCGUGACACUUUUGCCUACGGUACUGAGCUCGCGGUUCCCGAAAUGGGAACCACUCUCGUCUACGUGUUUGACAACAACGGGCGCCAUCUGACCACGCGCAGCACAAUUACCAACCAGCCCAUCCUGACCUUCCAGUACGACGCCACCAACCCCGAGCUCCUCACGGGCCUGACCACGGCCUUUGGCGAUGAGAUUGUCUUUGCCCGGGAUGCUGCCACGGGUCGCCUGACACGCAUUACCGCCAACGGCGUGGUAACGGAUGUCGAGAUUGAUGAAUCGGGCUACUUGCGCACCAUCCGCCAGCCCAACGAUCGUUCCUACUACUUUGCUUAUCGCAUGACCCCCAUGGGCAUCCCCGACGGUCUGCUCGAGGAACAGAUUGACGCCGAGGGUCGCUUGCAUUCGUACGUGUACAACUCGGAGGGCCGUUUGACCGCCGAUUCGGGUCCGCGUGGAGGCACAACCAAGCUCUCGCGGCGCCAGAACAACGAGACGGGCGAGUAUCAGAUUGUGGUGACGCUGCCCGAGCUUCAGGUGCAAAAGCUCUCCUUCGCACCGCUCUCCAGCGCCACGGGCACCCGCACAACGGCCACCAACGAGCACGGUGGUGUUGGCAUCACGGAUGUUUUCCCGGAUGGCUCGUGGAAUGAGUACAACCCGGAUGGGUCCUCCUUGACUGCCCUGGUGAGCCCUCACCCCGUCUGGAAGGGCCAAGCCCGCGUCGUGACGCAGCAGCGCAUGGUCCGGCCGUCGGGCUCUGCGCUCGUUACCAGCUAUGCCUACUCGGUGACCCAAACCGACGUGACCGACCCCUUCUCGGUGACCAGCCUGACCAAGCAAACGACGAUUGCCGGAAGGUUGGCCCACACCGUCACCCGCGACGUUGUGAACCGCCAGGUAACCUCUGAGGUGCCUGGCCUGGGACAGUUUGUGAUGGCCUACGACGGCUUUGGCCGCACCAUUACGCAGACGUUUCCGGGUAGCAACCUCGACGCGAUUGAGACCUCAUAUCACUCCAACGGCCAAGUCAACGAGACGCGUCGCGGCAACUACUAUGUGCGCUACACCUACGACGCCUCGGGUGCCGUCACGUCAUGGGUCUCCAGCAGUGGACUCAGUGCCCAUUACUCACAGGAAAAUUUGGGCUCUGGUCUGGCUCGUCGCAACGUGUCCUACCCCUCGGGCCGCACCGUAUCUUUUGACGUUGACACGCUUGGCCGGCUGCGCCAGGUGACGCUGCCCAGCGGUUCCGCCCACGUGAUGGGCUACGCCGAUCACAUUGGUGAGGACACGGACACGUACACUGAUCCAGAGGACCACGUCAUGAUGCAGACGCUGCGUCUGGAUAACAAGAUCAAGUCGAUUACCCUGCCCUCGGGCCGAACCAUCCAGCACGAGUUCAGCGAGGGUGGUCUGGUCACGCGCAAGAUUGACGGCGAUCAGUUUUUGGACCUGGAUUACAUUCCCGGCUUGGCGCGCCCAUCCUCGCUGCUGCGUUACGGCACUGGUCACGAGGAAGUGCAGUCGACUUUUGUGUGGGACGGCCCAUUGCUUCAACGCUGGACUACGGACGCUGGCUCGGUCUCGAGCUACUACCAGCUCGAUUACGAGAGCUCGUGGCGCGUCCAGGACUACGACGUGUACUACAACAACAACCGCUUGUACAACACGCGUGUGUACCGCGACUCGAAUGGCUUGGUGUACCAGGUGGAUGACUUUCCCCUGACCUACUCGCCAAACCGCGAUGAGCUCACCGUGCGACGCUCAGACGGCUUGGGCUACUGGUCGCUGGACAACAGCUUGGGCCUGCCUGCUGAGCGCAAGGCGUACGUGACCACGGGCUCCACCCCCGUCUUCCAAGAGGAGCUCCUGUACGCGCAGGGCGACAAUCUUGUUUCGGGCUGGCUGCACCAGCUGCCAGGCAGCAGCAACACCGUCAACACGACCUUUGUGUACGACGUGGAUGGUCAGCUUACGCAAGUCCUCGAGGACGGCGCGGAGGUUGAAUCGUACAGCUACGACGUCAACGGGAACCGCGUGGCCUGGAACGUGCGCGGUGCCGCGCAUUCGGCUACUUAUGGUGCCGACGAUGCCGUGUUCACGGUUGAUGGCCAGUCAUACGCCGUGGACGUGGACGGCUUUUUGACGAGUGUGCGUGGCAUGUCCCUGGCCUAUUCGGGCCGCGGUGAGCUGCUCUCGGCAACGCUGCCAAGCGGUGCCGGUACGGUGCGCUACCGUUACGAUGGCUUUGGUCGCCGCAUCAUGCGCAUCUCGCCCCUGGAGGAGGUGACAUACUACAUGUACAAUGACCCCGGACAAAUCCAUCUGGUGACAGAUAUCUACAUGCCCACGGGCAAGCACAUGCGCUUCCGCCACGACCCCAACGGCCGCUUGGCGGUGAUUCACUACGACAACGUUGACUACAUUGUGGUCACGACGCACGUGGGCACACCGCUCGCCGUGGUUGAGGAAAGCUCGGGCACGGUCGUGCUCGCGCGUACCUAUGACGCGUACGGUCACCUGCAGAGCGAGACGGGCACGUUUGACCUGCCCAUUGGCUUCGCCGGUGGUAUUGCGGAUGAGGCAACGGGCCUGGUCAACUUUUUCCGCCGCGACUACGACCCCGUGGUUGGUCGCUUUUGCGCCAAGGACCCUCUGGUCUUUGGCGGUGGCUCGCCCAACCUGUUUGCCUACGUGUUCAACGACCCAGUGAACUUUAAGGACCCGCUCGGCCUCUUCUGCAUUGGUUUGCAGGCCGGCUUUAUCUUUGGCAGCGGCUUUGAAUUUUGCGCCGACUACGACAGUGACCGCGGCUUUGAGGCGUCUGUCUGUGUGAAGAAGUACGUGGGCUUUGGCGGUGGCGUGGACAUUGACCUCUUUGGCGAUGCCAAGGCGUCCAAGAUGAAGGCCUACGGCAAAGUCUAUGGCUCGCUUAACGCGGGCCCGGCGCAAUUGGGUGGUGAGCUCUCUGGUGGCUACGACUUUACGCCUGAGAACAUGCCGGGCCGCAACCCGUGCAAGGGUGGCUGGAGCGGUGAGGCUGGCGUUGAGGCCCACGUGGGAGGCUAUGGCGGCAAAUGGAACUCGGAUGAUGGCUUUGAUGCCAUGUACACCCGUGAUAUGAAUGACUUUGAUCGCGACAAGACUGUCAAGGACUGGGGCAAGUUCAAAGCUAAGGCCGGCGCUGAAGCCGGCGUUGAACUGUGCGCCGGCAACGGCCAAAACUAA